UCAAUAUAUGUAAUCCAGGUUAAGAUUUAAGGAAAGAUGAUUUGAAGGCCAUUGGAGCGCAUACUUUUGGCGCAGACUUUUAAUCCCAUUACCAGGAGUUCCAGUCUCCAGAGCAUGAGGUGUUGUUCCAUUACCAAGCUCUUUGAUCAUCAAGAGGGCCCCAAGCUUUCUCUACAACGGUUACUCGUUUCGGCAUUUUAUCUUUUCUUGACAGUAGCUGUAUUUGGCCUUGGAUAUGAUUAGUGAUUCUGCAACCCCUAAUGAAUAGCAUAUGGAACAUACAGAUGGAAUUGGACUCUUUUACAUUCGGGUUUUACAAAAUUGAUGCAGAAGAAGUAUUUUACUCUACCAAUCUGUCUUUCGCCAUGGUGAAUCUGCGCUGCCUUCUUCCUGUAAGGCGCUUUGCUGAUCUCACUGCUAAUGAGACUUGUGACAUAUGGCUCACACCACAAAAAGCUGGUAGGCAGCUGGAAGAUUACCAUAAAGCAUCUUCCCUAACUCUUGUAAUCCAAUCUUAUGGGGUUUCUCAAUCAGCUCAAAAGCUUGACUUGGACAAGGAAAGGAAGGAUAAAACACUCUUGAAGAGAUGAGUCAAGAGGCGUCGGACUCCAUGGCUCUGUUCACCUGCUAAAGCUUUGAUGCACAAUAUUUCAAUUGUGCUGUACUUUUUAAGAACACUCUUGAUGUGGUUUCAUUGCUGAACAUGCAAUUAUGAUUGAAAUAUUAAUGCAAUAUCAGGACUUCUUUA